AUGCAGCCAGACACUCCACCAACAGCCUCAGAGCCGGCCCAGCCAAAGCCGGCCCGCAAGCGCUUCGUCGGCCGCUCGUCCACCUCGUCCCGCCCGCCGGCGUCCUCCAACAAGGUCGUCGCCGCCAGCGCCCUCCAGCAGCAGCAGCAGCAGCCCGUCGACCCGCUCCUCGAGGCCGCCAUCCACCACCUCCUGCCGAGCAACUACAACUUUGAGAUCCCCAAGUCGGUCGCCCAGAUCCUCCGCAACCGCGCCACCCGCGUCGCCCUCCAGAUGCCCGAGGGCCUCGCCAUGUACGGCUGCGCCAUCGUCGACAUCCUCGAGCGCUUCACCGGCGCCGAGUGCGUCAUCAUGGGCGACGUCACGUACGGCGCGUGCUGCAUCGACGACUACACGGCCCGCGCGCUCGGGUGCGACAUGAUGAUCCACUACGGCCACUCGUGCCUCGUCCCCGUCGACACGACCACCAUCAAGACCCUGUACGUCUUUGUCGAGAUCGGCGUCGACCGACAGCACCUCGCCGGCACCGUGCGCCUCAACUUCCCGACCUGCAUCCCGCCUCGAGGUGCCGGCGCCCUUGCGAGCGGUGCGAGCGGCGAGGGCAACAGCGCCUCGAGCGAGGUCGCGGCGGCGAGCCCGAGGUUCGAGGUCGUCGUGCCGCAGGUCAAGCCGCUCAGCCCGGGCGAGAUUCUCGGCUGCACGGCGCCCAAGCUCGCAGCCGACACGGACGCUCUCCUCUACGUCGGCGACGGCCGGUUCCACCUCGAGUCGAUCAUGAUCCAGAACCCGCUCGUGCCGGCGUUCCGGUACGACCCGUACACGAAGCGGUUGACGCGCGAGCUGUACGACCACGCCGAGAUGCGCGAGGUGCGCGGGCAGGCCGUCGCGAGGGCGCGGGACAGCCUGAGCUGGGCGGUCGUGCUCGGGACGCUUGGGCGGCAGGGAAACUUGCGGGUCCUCAAGUCUGUCACCCGCCACCUCGACGCUCCUCCCGCCACGUCGUCGACUAUGCUCUCCACGACGACGCCCUCGUCAACCUCGUCGUCGACGCCGUUCAUCCCGAUCCUCCUCUCCGAGCUGUCGCCGGCCAAGCUCUCGCUCCUGCAGGGCAUCUCGACCUUUGUCCAGACGUCGUGCCCCCGUCUCUCGAUCGACUGGGGCUACGCCUUUUCGCGCCCGCUCCUGUCGCCGUACGAGGCGGCCGUCGCGCUCGGGGUCGACGGCGCGCGCGGGUGGAAGGACAUGGGGCGCGAUGCCGAGCAGCGCGGGCUCGAGGGCGCGCGCAAGGGCGACGAGGACUACCCGAUGGACUUUUACAGCGACAAGGGGCUCGGCGAGUGGACGCCACGAUUCGGGAUGGGGGCGAGGAGGGCGGGAGGAGAGAAGGGGAGGCCCGUGCCGAGGAGCAAGAGGGCGGCGGCGGCGGUGGCGGUACCGGCGCCGUGAGGAUCGUGCAACUGGCUCUGUCGAGC